AUGUAUGGACUUCCGGGCUUAAAUACCAUUUAUUCUGGUAAAGAAAUCACUAUUCAGAUCUGUAAGAGCAUUUGUUCCAUCCUAGGAGAUGGUAUUGUCCUGAGUGCUCUCUUUACGGAAAUCCCUACUUCAAAUCUUAUCAACCGUCUGGACCCGGCUUGGUUCGCAGCACUCAACACAGGCUUCGAUAUUCAUUUCAAGAUUACAGCUGCUAUUGCUGUACGUUGCGCCAGCCAUGUGCGUUUGCUUAUCGAGCAAUUGCCUCCUGGUUCUUCACAGCACGCGGUAUUCGGAAGCCCACUCAUCAAUGCUAUCAAACUGAAAGACUUAGACACGGUCAGAGAAUUGGUCAGAUACCUCCUGGGCUUUGAUUCCAAAACUUUGAAGACUAUCUUUAGCCUGGAAAUCUCAGCGAUAGCCUUUCCUAUUAUCAAGGCCGUCAUGACGGCGAUUGACUACAAUCAAGCCAGAAUCCUCGAUCAGCUUGCAAGGCUAAUCCGUCGCAAGUUCGGAAAUAUCGACCGGGAUAUCUUUAAUUUUUGGAUCAUCAGUGCGGCUCGAACCUCCAACAUUCAAGUUCUCCGAUCCCUCUAUCGCAUUCCAGUGGAGCCAAACUGGCGACUAAGCUAUGAUGCUAUGUCGGCGCUUUGCAAAACUGCAGACUAUGAGCUUAUCUACUAUGCCUUCCUCAACGCAAACUAUGGCCAUCAAUAUGACUCUUCACGAAGGGACCCUUUUCACAUUGCGGUCUCUAACGGUAUUGAAGCUGCAAAGGCUGUUUACGACACUGGUAGACACGAAAUCAACGACUGGAAAAUUUGCAACUUCAGAACAUAUUGGAAUGAGGAAGUUACGGCUCUGGACCAUGCGAUUUACCGGAAAGAUUCUGUAACGAUAAAGUGGUUGUUGGAUCAAGGAGCAGAGUAUCAGAGAAGGUUUCCUCCAGAAUGGAUGCCGGGUUGGAUAUACAAUAUCAUUCGGGAUCAAGCGAUAAAAGAUGAUCCUAGAAUGAGCGAACUGCCGUCGUAUGGACAGUACAAGGAUAUGAGUAAGGAUGCCAAGUUGCAUUUCACCUUUGAGCUUGCUGAGUGGAGCCCUUCCUAG